UGAGAAACCUAGAUUUACACAAACAAUAGCCAUUUAAAUCCAGACGAUGAAGCGAUGGGAGGAAGGCUGUCUACAAAACGUAGCUCAUCGCGGAAAUGCAGCGGUAAGGCGUCGAUAUUCGAACUGUUACUGCAACUGACAAAAUUAGAAGUCACGGAUACUGACAGCAGCGAACUUGACGAAUGGAUGCAGCAGCUGUUCGUGACAUCAAUAGAUGACGUGUCGUACGACGCUAUCGAGACAUAUUUCAAAAACUUUGUCUUUUACAAUCUGUUGCAGGCGAAUCUCUCCCAUGGGCAUAUCGCCAAGUACUGGGAGCGGUACGCGUUGUUCCUGAGGUAUAUCAUGGAUAAAGAUAGGGCAACCACUUUGAGGGAGUUUGAUUUAAACGAUGGCGACCCAAUUAAAACUUUACUAACCGAGGAGAGUGUCGACGAUGGAUCGAAUAAACCUUCCACAGAAGAGCCGCCAGUGAAGCAAGAUAUUAGUUGUCCUACUAAUCCACACAAUAGUGGAUCUAGACCUUCCACGGGAAAUAACGAUCCAAAUGCAGAAAGUUUAUAUAUGGCCUUUGGGCUUGACGAUGAACCAGGUGGUAGACAAAUGGGACUUGGUAGGCGAUUAAUGGCUAAAGCGAGAGCAUUAGAAAUGGAAGAAGCGAGAAACCGCAUGAUUACAUCACAGGAAUCAGUAACAAGUGAAUUGUGUGAUAUGGUAGUAAACGAACCCUUGGGGGAGAACGUAACGGAAAUAUAUGAAAAACUAAGGAGUGGAAAGGGCGAUACAACAAAGUACCUCACGCCGUUCGUAAUAUCAAAAAUAUUCAUGAAGUGCCUGGUGGACUCACUGAAUGCAGUGGAGUUACUCUUCCACAUGGAUUACUUGUCAUACUACCUGGAGUGGACCACCAAGCCCAUAUACAAACUUAAUGCAGACGAUGGCAUCUCACUUGUAAAGGGGGAUGUAACAAACCGAUCAGAUGGAUCUAAUAAUGAAGUUAACACGGGACAGAAUAGUGAUUUGAAUGAAGAGGGCCCCGACGACAUAGACGAAAACCCAUGUGUAACCGAUAAUGUAGUUAAGGAGAUUAAAAAAUUAGUCAAAUUGCGCAGUGCCAAUGAAACAGUGCCCAUUACAGCAGUUAUUAGAAUGGAGGCACCACUGAUAUUACUAGAAGAGGCUAUUACCAGUGCUGCUGCAGAAGCAUGGUCCAGUCCAACACUGGAAGCAAUGAAAAGAGGAUAUUGCUUCAUAGACCACAAAAUGCGCAUAUUCUCACUUAAGAGCAUUGAAAAUAUACUCAAAAAUACAAAUGAAGUAGUGGAGUUUAUGGUUAUACCCUUCUGCACGAUUAACUAUGGAGGCGCAAACGUAUCCUCCAAUCUACAGAAUCUUACCACCACACUCAUUGAAUAUGUAACGGCAAACAUAAUCCCACAUACCAAUGCGCACGAUACGUUUAUCAAGGCAACGCAGUCCAUGGCAGCGGAUCUACUGACUAUAUUGCUAUCCACGAUUGUCAUGACGCCAUACAUAUGCACUUUUGCAACGAGUAACCAGGAUUUUACAUAUCCAACGUCAUUCACGUGGAUAACGAGGAUACAUAAAAGAACUAAAGCAGUGGCGCCAUACUACUACAUACACAUGGAGUGCCUGAGGCAGCAGAUGAUAGAAAAUCCCGAAAAGUUGAGCGUUAAACAGUUACAGCAUGUGGUGGACUACUACAACAAGAAGCAUGCGCCCAUGGCGUACUGGAUGCUGGAAUCAAUGCGCCAUAAAAUAGGUAGAUCACAUUUCAUGGCACUGAUACAAUGCCUAAUAAGGUUGUUCUCAACCACGACGCACCAUACCGGGCACAAGCGGCAUUUGAAUAACCUAAGAAAUCAUGCGGUUAUGUAUAUACUGUUGCUAGUUAAUGCUGAAGAAAGGGAUCAGGUAAUAUUUCUAGAUGAACAGGGUAAACCAAAGGAAAGCUCAAGCAGUAGCGACGCAUCGGAUUACGAUGGAGCUGAAGUGGAGGCAAUCAUGCGCAGAGCACGGCUAUUGAUACCGUAUAACUUGCAGGAUCAGUUUACCAAGCAGAAGACGUGGUCAUUUAAAUGGGUUUGUGAUGUGGUACUCCCAAGCCAAAUGGCAGCAUUGGCCAAGGCAAUGCAGAACAUGCCGCCGACCAAAAUAUGCAACAACGAACUGUGGCUCAUGCUAGUGGAACUGCUAAUGAACGAUAGUAACUUCAAGUUCACCUUCUACGCAAAGCCAGCGGCGUUCAUAAAGGAAUUGAUGGCCUCAAUCAAGACCAUAUGCAUAUUACCCAAGGAGCAUGGUAAACAUGAUCCAGAAAGGAAAUCUAGGAGUAAGAGUAAUACCAUCCCAACAACGGCUUCGCCAUAUAUAAGGACUGCAAUUAAACUACUCACGCAUUACGUCGUCCACCAAAAGGAAAACUACCUGGAAGAAUGCAAUGUAGAAGUCGAGAAGAUAGUAAACAUGACGAUCGUAGUGAUGCAAUGGAACCAUCAAACUCAAAAGGAUGUGCACCUCCUACACGCAAUAUACAAACUUGCAAAUGAGCUUGCGUGGACGCCAACGAUACUGUCGAAGUCGACGUCAGAGAAGCUACUACACGUGUUCGCCAGCUGGAUAGAUCAAGCAAAAAUCGCCAUGAAGGAAUUCCACGAAUCAGAAAUCAUGGACCACACGGGCGCGGAAGAUGUACUGAUGCUACUGGAAAUGAUGGGAGUGGCACUCAAUUUUGUAAAAGGGGGACUCUCACCAGAAUCAAUAGUGAAAAACCUUAACAUCGUACAAAGCGUGCUGGACCACUGCAACGUGGAAAUCAUUGAGGAAUUGCAUAUGGAUGUGAAAAAUGCACUGAUAGAUUGCAGAAGUAUAGAAGAAGCCGCAGAGUUAAGGACGGUCAUCGAUAUGCCAGACGUGGAAGCAAUGAAGGAACAUACGCUCAAGCUGCUGGAGUUCGUAGCACUCAUACUACGUACAUUCAUGGGAUACAAGAUGAAUAAAAUGUACGAAUUUGAUAACACCAAACCUGGAUAUGGACACCAUAGUGUUACGUUGGCGAUAUCAGACCUGAUACGCGAAAUCAACGAGGAGACUUUACGAACGAAAACAGCAUUGGCACUGGCUAUAUGCAUGCCCAUAGAUGCAGUGGAACCGCCUAAAUCGACACCCAAGGAUAUAAUGCACUACCAUAUGGCACAAACAUGGAUUGCAGCAUACAGGGCACAGCACCAGUAUACACUGUGGUCAUAUAAAACAGAAACUAAAUGAUUA